UGCGCACUGUGCCUAAUCGUGACAAUCGUAACAACCUUGGCUGCAUUGGAGUUUGGGAGCGUUCUCGCUGUCGUUGUUGCCGUAGACCGCUUUUCUGUUUGCGAGGAAAUAGUUGCUUGUUCCCGUAUUCGUGGUUCAGCAUAGACGUCAAAUUGUGUGGGUAAGGGAAAUCCUGGACUAUGCAGGGAAGAUUUAGGGGAAUUGAAUUCCCUACCUCCGGCCUACCUCCCGCCCAGACGAACAAACUCCAAACUGGAAUGGUGCCUACGUUCGCUACGUUAUGUGACAUUACGUUUAUUGUGGUGCGCAAUUAACACAAAGUGAGUGACCCCUCCGCCUAGUAUAUGUGUUACGCAUCAGCUAAGCAUCGUGUGAUCCUCGGAACGUCGUAUUUCGUAGAACGCAACAGGGUCGCCACAACCAGUCCGCUUUCAAGAGAGGGCGCCGCUAAGCCUAAACGAGGUUUGGCUGCAGCGCUUAGUAAACUGCCUUUGAUUCCGGAUGGAUGGCCGUGUAGAAUUGAUCGAAAUAUGCGCCGGUUUGGUCUAAUCAUCAGUGGUGAACACUGUACUGUCUUUAGAGGUCCCCGUACUUUGCCGCAGCUCGAAAAGUGAAGGUUGGUCUUCAACAUGGUGGGCACCGACGUGCAGCCACCCAAGAGAAUCCAGCUGCGGAAAGAAGAGUUGGAGCUUUUGUCAAAGGAAGAGCUGAUAGAAAAGUGGCUGCAACAAGACACUUACUUAGACCAUCUAGAAAGCAGCGCUGGCAAGAACUCUGCCGAAAACUUGGAGCUGGUCAGCCUGCGAGAGUCCGAAGAGAAGCUGAAGCAACAGCAGCUCGAAGCGUCACGCCGCGAGAAUGUGCUCGUCAUGCGACUCACCACAAAGGAGCAAGAGAUGCAAGAGUAUGCGCACCAGAUACAGGAGCUGAAGGGCAUAACCGGACCUGGCGGCUCGGGGUCAACACAGCAGCUGCGAGCCGCCCUGCUGGACCCUGCGGUCAACCUGCUCUUCGACCGGAUGAAGAGAGAAGUUGAGGCGACACGUGCCCGCCUCCAGGAGACCCAGAAUGAACUGAGCGCUUGGAAGUUCACCCCUGACAGCAACACUGGCAAGCGGUUGAUGGCGAAAUGUCGGCUGCUGUACCAAGAGAAUGAAGAGCUGGGUAAGAUGAUCUCAUCAGGGCGCAUGGCUAAGCUUGAGGGAGACUUGGCCCUGCAACGAAGCUUCAGUGAGGAAAUGAAGAAGAGUCAAACUGAACAAGACGAAUUUCUUCUGGAGCUGGAUGAAGAAGUGGAAGGUAUGCAGAGCACAAUCUACUUCCUGCAGCAGCAAGUACGCGAGGCCAAGGAACAGGUGGCCAAGCUCCAGGCUGCAGCUGCUGCUUCAGAGAAGCGACCUCUUGCCAAUGGGGAGUCUGUCAAGACCUCCCCAAAUCCACCGUCAGAGUCUCCGGCUGCCACAAAUGACAAGGAGGACUCCAUUCAAAAUGGACAUGUUGGUGAUGAAGAAGUUGAUGACCAAAGCAAAGCAAGACCUGAUGCCAGGACAGCAGAGGGCAGUGAGGGGGGGCCAAAGGUGGUGGUUAAGAAGGUACCUGCCAAAGGGGGCCGUGCAGCACCACGCAGGGCAGCUGCACCACGGACAAGAAAAAGGGCACGUGAGCAGGGUGGGGAAUCGGGGCCAGAGGCCAAAGUUGCGGCUCUUGAGAUAGACGCGGACACUGAAGUUCAGGUGGCACAGACUCUUGCCUGCUGGUCACUGGUGGGCAAAGAGAGGCAUCAGGAUGGCUCGCCACUGUCGGACUCCUUGGCUGGGGAUGAACAGCAGGAACUGUGAUGGGCAGGCUGUACAGUGGGAUGGGGCAGCCAUGGGAUGUGCCUAGUGUACAUCACUGUCAUGUGCAAAUGUUACUAGAGGCUUUGCAUUUGGUUGCUGUCAAAAGCAGCUUAGCUUCUUUCAUUCUUUUUCUUCCCACCUUAUAAUGAGUUACUUUUGUGAAGCAUCGGAAGUUUCAUGCUCAUUCAAAAGUUCUGUAACAAAAGUGCUGUUUUCUCUUUCUAAAGACAAAAGGUACGAGCUGCCACAGCAUUUUCAUUGCAGUGUUCAAGUUUCAUUCCAGACAGCAUCUGAAUUUGUGCAUACAUUGAUGUCAUAUUUGUCAGUUUUACGUCUUGAAGAGGACAGAUAUGAGCGAUUCACUGAUUACAUGGACCAUUUUUCAUUCUGUCUCUUGCACUGACGCCACCUUGGGCUUGCGUCAUUUUAACCGCCUGCCUCUGCGAAAAAAGACCUCAGUGAGCUACGUGGAGACCACAGCAUGAUGCAUAUGACUUUGGGUAUUCUGUACCCAUGCUGUAAUAUGAAACCCAUAUUUUUGUUGCUGAACUGUUUAUGAACAGUGUCCGGUAACUGAUUUUAUAUUUUGUUUUGAAGACUGGAAGCUGUUUGUGCAACUCAUCUGUUCAUUAGUCAGUUCAAUUAAAAAAAUAAACUGCAUCUAGUGCAGAAGUCACCUUCCCUAAGGUCA